ACUGCUUUGUUAAAAUUUGUUCAAAUCCUUCGUUUAGUUUAAUUUGGGGACUUUUUCAAGUGGGGGAAGACAAACAAGAAAAGUAGGAAGUGGAUCUUAAAAGGAUUACCAGAGAGGAUCAUUGGACUGUGAACCCUAUCACCACUGUGGGCGCACAAACCCUGGACCAACCUUUGACCUGCAGGUUGGUCUCACUAUGAGUCAUGGACUGGAAAUAACAAGAUACAUUUUAGUUUCUUUUUUUAACCAGAGACAGCUUUUGCUCUGAGACGAACAGGCAGGUAAAUCUCCAGACUUCCAAGAGGCACAACCCAAGACAAGCGCUGAAAUCAUGGGUGAAUGGAGCUUCCUCGGUGGACUCUUUGAUAGCCUCCAGGCCCACUCGCCGCUGCUCGGUCGUUUCUGGCUCUUACUCAUGCUCAUCUUUCGGAUACUGAUCCUGGGAACUGUAGCCAGUGACCUGUUUGAGGAUGAGCAAGAGGAGUUUGCCUGCAACACCCUCCAGCCGGGCUGCAAACAGGUGUGCUACGACAUGGCCUUCCCCAUCUCCCAGUACAGGUUCUGGGUGUUUCACAUCGUCCUCAUCGCCACACCUUCCCUGGUUUUCCUCAUGUACGUCAUGCAUCACCACAACAAGAGGACCAACUACUCCGAAUGCAAACAAAUCAGCAGCCAGGAGUACAGAAAGGACCGCCAUUUAAGGAGGCUUUACAUUGUAAACGUGGCUUUCCGCAUAGUGGCAGAAGUUGGCUUUCUAGUAGGUCAGUGGCUGCUGUAUGGCUUUAAGGUGGAGUCCCAGUUCCCCUGCAGCCGCUUUCCUUGCCCCUACACCGUGGACUGCUUCACCUCCCGCCCAGCAGAGAAAACAGUCUUCCUCUGCUUCUACUUCGUCGUAGGGAUGAUAUCAGCGAUUUCCAGCUGUGUAGAGCUUUUCUACAGCUCAGUGAAGUGGUUCUGCUCAAGCCAGAAGCCCCUCACCCCGAAGCACUCCUGCGUUUGCCAGAACCUCCACAACAGCAAGCAAGACAAGGCAGACGCAGAGGCGGAGGAGAAACCAAGAGGAAAGACAGUGUCAGAGAGCAGCAUGAGGCUAAAGGGAGGAUCACUGAGGAGCAGCGCGAACAGGAAGAGCUCCAGCAUCAUCUACAAGCACAGGGGAGGCAAAUAUGUGAGCAGCAAGACAUUUAUGGUGUGAGACAAGAAGGCCUCGAUUCAAACAUGCUGCAAAUGAUUAUUUUUAUCUUAAUGCUAUAACGAUAAUCCCCAUGUUAUUUCACUGAAAUGCAUUUCACCAUCAAUGAGUAUCUGUGAUGGGAGACAUCAUAAGGAAAUGCUCAGGAGACAGUCUGAUCAGGAAAUGAGUAAAGACAAAAAAAAAAGGACUGAUGGUUCUGAUAAGGUGAUAAGGCGGACGCUUUGUUGACUUGUUUGGUCUGAUGAGUCAUUACAGACCAUAAACAAAUUCAGGAGGGGGAAAGACUCUGGAUUACACUUGAUACACUGAUUCUUUGUUUCAAAGAGAACUGAUUGUACAGUCGUGUGCCACACCUUUCUUAAUGGAAAAACAUUGUGUUCCAGUGGUUUUGGACAUGGUGUCUGCAGGUCCUUAAAAAGUCUUAAAUUCAGUUCUGGUAAUAUUAGGUCUUGAAAGUUAUUAAAUAGUCU